CUUGUUCGGCAACCGAGAGUCAAGAUGUUAUUAACCAUCCUUCUGAUGAAAAUGAGUGUUCUUCCACUUGUUUGUUAUGGUGAAGUGAGCCAAUCAGCCAAAUAUUUGGCGACGGAAUGGGCACCAUUGAUCUGGAUUCACCCAGAGGAUAUUUUCUAUCCCUCGGACUUAACAUAUUUCCUCUCAAAUAUGCGGGUGGAAGACGAGAAUGGAACUCUAAUGCAAAGUGGUCCACUCUCUCUUGAUGCUCUAAUUGGUGGCAACGAGACCUACGAUUUUCAUUUAAACACAUUGGAACCAAUUCCAUGCAUCAAUUGCCAUCAGCCUUUUUUCUUCGGUCAACCUUUGGACCAGGCCAAACUGUACGUUCAAGUGAUUGAAUACGGUGAUGAAUGUGAGACGAUCGACGUGGCAUACCCCACAUUUUAUCCUUACAAUCAUGGGAAGGAUGUGUGCAUCAUCAGUUUGGACUCCCAAGAAGAUGAAGAGGAAAGAGAUGGAAGUGGAACAAAGGAGGAGUGUGGAUUGGGUUCGACAUUUGGGAAUCAUGUCUCCGAUGUGGAACGUAUUGAGAUCAGAUUUCAAAAUGGAAGUCCUCAAGCCAUCUACUUGUCAGUGCACAGUUUUGGAGGAUAUUAUGCAUACAAUAAGACGGCUCAUUCGUUCGAUUUUGCCUUCGGUGAGACUUUAUUGAUCCAAGACGGCUACGACUACGGCGAAGGUAUCCGAUUUUACGACGAGACUCGUGUGACGUAUCCACCCACUGUCAAUAUUGUGGAGGGCAAUCAUCCAGUGGUCUUUAGUGCGAAUGGAUCACAUGGAUCUUGGGCCUCAGAGGGAAAACACACGUAUUUCAACUUUUUCAUCCACCUGGACGAUUAUUGCGAGCGUGGUGAGGCUUGGAGAACUUGGGAGAACUUGGCUUUCGUGGAUAGGGGUGUUCCAGAUGAAGAGUAUUACGGAACUGACAAUCAGUGGGUCAAUUUUAAAGGCAGAUGGGGGAACACGGAUGGUUUGGGUUGCGCCUUGGAGCCAAUUAUUGGGAUUUGUGGCCUGGAUUCCGGAGUUCGUGGUCCGAGUCCUCCUCGAGCAUUCGGAAAUGACACGAUGUGUGGGGCUUUUAUUUGAAUGAGAUCGUUGAGAGACUCCAGAAAAGACGUCGUUGAGUCUCUGUACACACAUGGAUCGUGUUGUACGUACUAGCGAAUAAAAGUGUCUCGAGGCCAGAAUCGCCACUCUGCA